GCUUUGCCGGUGAUGGUCAUGUGCCCACCGUGCCGCCCGACUUUCUGACGCCCAACCUCGCCCUAUUCCAGGAUGCGCCGGGAUUGAGCACCAAUGCAGAGGCCUACUAUCAAAGCGAAGAAGCUUUGGAAGAUCCGGCGUCUGAAGGAUUUGGUUCUGAAGUUCAGCAAGACACGCUCCGGGGCUAUUUCAACGAGUUGAGCUCGGAGGACCCGAAUCGGAUCUUCCUUGCUCGCCGCAUCAACAAGCUCGGCUUCAGGGCCCAGGAGGAGCUGUGGCUGCACUACUCGAAGUACGGCCCGGUGGAAAAGGUCCUGGUGGCAAACGCCAAGGCGCGCAACAGCCGACUGCACCCUCAGGGAAAGCUUCGCCCGGGUAGUCUUGCAAUCGUGGUCAUGGAGACUCCUGCCACUGUGAAAGAAAUCAUGGCUCUGGGCGAGGAGCAGCUCGUCGGCGGUCAAGUGAUCAAGCUUCAAAAGUUUGAACCCACAGCCCCCAAGGGAAGAUCUGGAGGAAUGAAGCACCACAUGGAGAUGUCCACAUCACCGGCACCGGCAGAUCCACAAGGGUCAUCCUUCAGUGGCAGUGGUGGCAGUGGACCCGAGACAAAAGGAAAGCAAGAGGACGGGAGUUCUGGGUCUUACGACCUCGAGGGAGAGGGCUCCA